CUCAGUGCUCUUCCUGUGGCAGACUCUCUGGGCAGGAACCAGGUCGUGCAGGGGGUGUUCAGGACUCAGCAUGGCCUUGAAGAGAGACACAGGUGCGGCCUCUCUCCUCUCCUUCAGGGACGGCAGUGUUGGUGCGGAACGCCUGCCGCCUAUGGCGAGAAAAGAGUCGUACUGCCGGCCCAACAACUGCCAGCCUUCGUAAUUCUUUCAGGCCAGGUGACAGGCUUUCCAAGGUCAGGUCAGCUAGCUUGCGGACAUGGCGACAGCAACCUAUAACGAAGAGACCACAGACCAAGAAGGCGCCGGUUUUGCACAGACUUACCUGACACCCGGAGCCGGUGUGCUGUAUGCUCUGCUGAACACAGUUCUGUCCGCCACCGCGUCACAGUUUAUGGCCCUGGGCAGCCAGGCAGGCAUACCUGGGCUGCAGCUGAUCUUCGUCACCAAACUUGGGGAGACCCUCGCUGUCUUGCUCUUCCUGCCCUUCUUUAGACCAAAACUGACAACUGAAAACGGACGACAAACUCUACUCAUGGUGCUGUCGACUAUUACUGAGAACGCUGGAUCUGUCUUCCAGUUCAUGUCCUUCGUCUUCCUUUUCCCUGGGAUCGCCUUCGGCAUCAUAAAGGGAUCAUUGCCUUUGGCCUCGGUCUGUAUUGGAUUUUUGUUCAUGAAGGAAACUGUGGGCGUCGUGAAUUGUUUUGGAAUCGUUCUCAACGUAGCCGGUGUUGUAGUAGUCACUUAUGGAUUAAUCACGGAGAACACUUCGUCCACGCAGCGUCUGACGGUGUCCAUUCUGAUUCCCUUCGCAGCAACUUUCUGCAAAGCUCCAAGUCUGAUCAUCGCACGGUCGCUUAUCGGUGUACAGAAGGUCUCCGUUCUAACCGUUCUCUUCUACGCCAGCCUGCCAGGAGCGGUCGUGCUACUCGGACUGACGUACUUGUUUGAGACCCCGAUUUGGGCGAUGUCGGCACAGACGGUGGGUUAUGUUAUCGGGCUGUGUCUGUGUGACUGCGGCGCGCAAUUUGCUACAAACCUGUCACUGAAGACGGAAAAGGCGGGGAUCACUGCCACCAUCAAGACUUUCACCAUACCUCUUGCAGUGCUGUUGGACUACAUCGUUCUAUCAGAGUUGCCCAGUCCGCUUAAGUCUGGCGGUGUUGUACUCAUAGUGUUCGGUACCGGUGUAGUGGCGGUGUAUACAUGGUGGAGACAUCGCAAAGAAACUCUUCACAAAAAUCUCAUGCAGAGCUUGGACUUUGAUAAGUAAGUUAUCAACGCAAGUGUAUAAAACGUGUUAUUGUGUUUUUUACUUCUAAUAAAAAGCUCUAUACUUAACAGAAAUAUAUGUAGAACUUUGUUAACACAACAAAAGUACUGCGACUUUCGUAAGGUUUAAAACUGCCUGUAAAUAUAUUAUAUAUUAAAUGAUGAGCAAAUCAUCACUAUGGUUAUAUACCAUGGUAGUUUAUUAAUCAUUAACAAAGCCUGUUCUAUAUAGCCUAAUUGCAGAUUUAUCUACAUUCAGUCCAAAUUCUUGUCCAAAAAUAUAAAGAUAAACCAUGUUCCAAUGACUAAGGUGCAACCUUCAUUCUUAUAACCUCCCA